UGGUAUUGGAUGCAGACGGUUCUGUCCAUGUCAACGGCGGCGCACUUCACGCGGCAAAUGACCUUAACGUCGCCGGAAGCGCCGCGGUGGGAGACGAAGUGGUGGCAGCCGCGAUCACCGCGCAUACCGUUUCCGCCUCAACGUCGAUGAACAUUGGGUCGCUGGUGCUUUCAGACGCGGGAUCCACCGGCUCUUUGAACUUGGGAACUGCCCAAGGAACCGUCGCGUCGCUCGUCGCCAGGCAGUUGCGUCUCCUCGCCAGUCCCGGCUCGCUCACGGUUGCCUACGAUGCUGCACAUUCCACGUUCCGAUGGACGCCAGCGGAGCUGGUCAAGGGAUGACCUUGGCCGCCCAUGCGACAAGCAACCUCUCCCUGACACCGGACGGGGACAUCGCCCUGACGUGCGGAACGACGCGGCUGAACGGCGACCUAGCAAUCAUAGGGGCGGUCUCCACCAGCGCAAUGACCGUCGGCGGGCCCCUCACUGCUACGAUGUUGGCGUUGGCGUCCGGGGGUGUGUCUCUCGUCCAAACGGGCGGUGCUUUACAGGUCCUCGCACCUUCAAGCAAAAUCACACUGUCAGCGGAUGGGGGCGCGACGAACUUGUCCGUUGGGGUGAAUUCAGACGGCGUGUGGGGUCUCUUUGGGAACGCGCCGCUCACAGCCAAGGGGGGUUGGGUGUGGAUGACCAUGUUUACUUCCGCGCCGGCGCUGGUGGACCUUGCGUUUCGUAUUCCGGUCUGAGCGUGCAAGGUGGACCCCUGACGGCGACUGGAGGUGCGUCCUUUGAAGGCAACGUCCGGUUUUCUGGCAAGGUGACCGGGACAUUGGAGAUCGCCGGAGGGUCUCUUCGCCUCACGACGGAUAGCGGGGACACGCUGUGCCAAUGCCAGGCGACGCAGGCGACUUCCAAUGUGCCCUUCGGAGUGGGCACCGCCGUGAGCGACGAGAAAGCCUUCGCGGUGGGCAACGCGCUGGUGGUAAACACCAGGGACGGGGUGAUUGACCUCAUGGGGAGCACCUUAAUCAACGGCGCAGAUCCGGCCACCCCUGGUGCCCUCUGCACCAAGAGGUACGUGGAUGCUUUGCUUCGCGGUUUCGUGGUCAAGCCCGCCGUGCGGGCGGCAUCCACUGUGAACCUUGAUCUGACGUCUCCUGUAGGUAACUUGGCGGACGCGGCUGUGCUGCUUGCAUCGGGUGACAGGGUUCUCCUCUGGCACCAGACGAACGCUGUGGAGAACGGAAUCUACGUGGUGACGCCCCAAGGUUAUGCCGCCCGCGCCGGAGACCUUGCCAUCGGCACUUUCGCCGCCCAAGCUUUGGUGUAUGUCAUGGAAGGUACGUACGUGGGCAGAUCGCUAAUCUGUAUCUCCCCCUCCACGGCGUGCGUGGUCAACACCCACCCGCUGGGUUCUGCACAUCACCCCAAAAUGUUCUUCGAAUGGUUCCUUUUAGAAGAUUUCGCGGUUUGCCUUCCUUCCAUCGAGUCCAGCUCACUAACGUGCUUCAGAUCUCGCAACAUCUCAACCUCUGUGUUCUACGCCUGUAAACAACAUCGAUGUACGCUCGCUUGUACAGUUCGGUUCUCUAUCCGCGGGCACCAUAUGCUGAUCAGCCGUCACCACUCGGUCUGAUGUUACGCCCAAUUCACCAUUAUGUUUUGCUCUCUGCAGAUCUUAUUCACUCAAAUGUGAGAGUCGAUGUAGGCUAUGUGGGGUUCUACAUUAAAUUAGGAUGUCCGCGCCAAC